UCAAAUUAAAGUGUGGUUAUAUUCAAGUUGUCACAUUUAAAAUGGCACAACAAAAGGGCAAGAAAAACUCUUCGCCAUGGUCACAAUGCGAAUCCUGCGGCACAAAUUUAAUAAACAAGGACAUUGAAUUGCACUCUAAAGAUUGUCCUCCAGAACAAAAUCAGCAAAAUUAUGAUUUUAUCAAAGAUAAUAUCUUGUACGGUACGGUGGAUGUAAAGACGAAUGAAGAGAUUAAGAAUUUAGCAUCCUCGGAAAAAGACUUUCUGGUGUUUUUAAGUCAAAGUGCAAUACAGCUAACAAAUUUAUCUAUAGGUGAUUGGUGCAAAGUUGAAGGGGGGCCAGUGUCAAUUGCUAAAAUUGUCUGGCCCACAACAGAAAAAACUCUAACUUCAAUAUUAUUCACCAGAAACAGUUAUGAUUUAAAUUUCUCUGGUGUAAAACAUGCUAGUGUGUCUAAGUUAGACAGUAAUUUAAAACCAGCUUCUUUGGUAACAGUUAUCUUGCUGAAUGGUCCGAAAGCUUUAGAAAUAAAUCCAGAUUUAAUUAACAGGAUCAGUAAAAACUUCAUUGGUAAAAUCUUAAAAACAGAAAAUAAAGUAAACCUGAUGUACUUUGGCAAAAUACUUAAAUUCCAAAUUAAAUCAAUUGAAGCCAGACAACAAGAUGAUUUAAUUGAAUCUUUUAAUAAACUACAAUUGAAAGAAUCAGAAUUCUUCACAAUAGAUGAAAAAACCAAAUGGAAGAUGUACAAAGACCAUGAUGAAUUCAUUAAAGUUGAAAUCAAACCAAAUCUCAUACACCAACUAGCUGGACUUUCUGAUGAACUUACAGAAAUCAGGGACAUUAUAAAAGUAUAUUUUGGAUCAAAAUCUGGCCCAAAGUAUUGCAGAUCUGUUCUUCUCUAUGGACAUUCUGGAACUGGUAAAACUUUGCUUGCCAAUGCCAUUGCAGAAGAGUCCAAGUUCAACAAAGUUGAAAUUUGUGCACCUGACUUGUACAGUAAACACUCAGGUAAUAUUGAAGAUUCUAUCAAGAAUUUGUUUCAAAGUGCUGUCAGUCAAUCACCCUCUAUAAUUGUGUUGGAUGAAAUUGAUGUUUUAUGCCCAUCUAGAACUGCCAGAAUCACAGACACUGAGAAAAGGAUUGUUUCAACAUUGUUGAUGAUGUUUGACUUUUUAAAUGAAAAUCCUAAUUCUAAAGUAUUUUUGAUUGCCACAACCAACAAAGUGGACAACAUAGAUCCAGCAUUCAGAAGGUUUGGAAGACUCGAUAGGGAGUUGGAAAUAGCAACUCCAAAUCCCAAAAACAGAAAAGAAAUACUUGAAAAAAUUUUGGAGGAUUAUUCUAGGAAUUUAUCAGAGGAUGAAUUGAAAGAUAUAGCUUUAAAUACACACGGAUUUGUCGGUGCCGAUUUAGUUUCAUUGUGUUCAAGGGCAAGUUUAAGUGCUUCGAAAAGGAACGACGAUUGCGUAACUUUCGAUGACUUCAAAUUUGCUUUGACCAGGGUCAGGCCAAGUGCAAUGAGGGAGGUUCAAAUUGAGGUACCAAAUGUCAAAUGGAAUGAUAUUGGAGGACAGGACAAACUGAAACUCAUUUUAAGACAGGCCGUCGAAUGGCCUUUGAAGCACGCCGACAGUUUCAAAAGAUUAGGCGUGACGCCCCCUAAAGGGGUACUGAUGUACGGCCCUCCGGGCUGCUCCAAAACCAUGAUAGCCAAAGCUUUAGCCACAGAAAGUGGCCUAAACUUUUUGUCUAUUAAGGGUCCGGAGUUAUUUAGCAAGUGGGUUGGGGAAUCGGAGCGCGCGGUGCGCGAGGUAUUCAGAAAAGCACGGCAAGUGGCACCGUCUAUAAUUUUUUUCGAUGAAAUCGAUGCUUUGGGCGGAGAGCGCAGUAGCGGUUCUUCGACGAGUGUUCAAGAGCGGGUUUUGGCUCAGCUACUUACAGAGUUGGAUGGUGUUACACCCUUGGGAGACGUUACAGUAAUAGCUGCCACUAACAGACCAGAUAGAAUUGAUAAAGCUUUGUUAAGGCCUGGAAGGUUGGAUAGGAUUGUUUAUGUGCCUUUACCAAGUGAAGACACUAGAAGGGAGAUCUUUAGAAUUAAAUUGGCGAAGAUGCCAGUUCGUGAUGACGUAAUUUUGGAUGAGUUAGUGCAAUCAACACAAGGGUAUUCAGGAGCUGAAGUAAAUGCAGUUUGUCAUGAAGCUGCAAUGAUGGCCUUAGAAGAAAGUUUGGAUAUUGAAUAUGUGGAGAAGAAACACUUUGAAAAGGCCUUAGAAUUGAUUAAACCAAGAACUCCACCUAGUUUGAUAAAAUUAUAUGAUGAUUAUGCUAAAUUAAAGCUAUAAAAUGUACCAAAUGUUUUAUUUCAUUACUUUAUUUAAUCUUUUCUAAAAUAAAUAAACAGAAUUAUA